AUGACAUCAGUACCUUCGCAAGAUUGGAUUGAAUUAUCACCUCUUCUAAGAAUACCUGUCAGCUCUCCCAAAGUUCACAACGAUGUUUGUAGCAUUUUGGAAGAACUAUACCUAGCUCCGUUUUUGCAGACUGGACAACCGAUCCUGCCCUAUUUCAUAUCUAUAUUGAGUGGUCCAAUGUCAUUCCAAGGACCCAUAGAUACUUCAGGGCAAAUCCACCCCUUAAUUUACUUCAUUGCUGGCUUGACUGGAGAUAGUUUACAAGAAACGGCUAACCGAUUGAGUGUAUUUGCUCCAAUUGAUUUAAUUCAAGCGACCAUCAAUUCAGCGAAUAUCCCAUUGCACAUAUCCACACAAGAUAUGCAAGCGAGAGAUAAACUUUUAUCUCUAUAUGCACCCAUCACUCAAUUAGGUGGAUCUAACCUAUUGUUGAAGCUAUAUACUUUGACUGCUGGCGAUGAAACAUACAUGGUCACAACAUUGAUAAUUUGUAUAUUGUAUUCAAUGUCGAUUACAUUGAAUCCAAUUCAAAAAUAUUCUUAUAAUUUGACAGCCGCUGUCAAUAGUCAACAAAACUAUAACCCUACAAUGAAUCCGACAAUUCCGGUUCCAACGACAUCUGUGGCUCCACUUCAAACGGACUUCACUGUGCCCCCUAUAAUGCACACUCAAGGAGGGAUUUGGUCUACUGAUCCAAUGACGAUGAAUAGAAUCUCCGGAUCUGUAUCGAUUUCAUUCUUGGAUAAUGAGGAAGAACGCCAAUUGUUAAAAGAUAUCACCAAGGUAACACCUGAAGAUUUCCCAGAAGUAACCCUACAAGGAUAUCAGGAAAGAUCACCACAAGUACCUUCUGUCAUUCCUUCUCCAACGUUACAAACUCCUCAAAUGGAAGAAGUAAAGCAGACUAUAGGUCGAAUGAUUUCACCAACACCAUUGGCGAGCUUAUCAUCACCAACAUCACGUUCACCUGAACAAUUAUUUGAAGAUGACAAAGUCGAAUAUCCUAUUGUAACAGUUGCUUCACAUUCGACUGAAGAAGCAGUUGAAGAAAUAACUGAGACAACCGAAAAACCAUCAUCUUUAGAAAAUGUUGUAAGUUUACCUAAUGAGAUAAUUUUACCAGAAUUACCAGUUAGUCAACCACUUUACCAAAUUCAGAAAACUAAAGAAACCACCUACCAGUCUUUGAAAAGCUUACCACCUCAUCACUAUAAUAAUCGCUCGAGCUUUAGCAAUUUCCCAGGUUUAUACUCAACCGAUGGUCAUUCACUUUCACAAUAUAGUAUAGCUGGCAACCCUUCAAUUUCUGGGAGAUUAAGUUCAAAUAGUCAACUGAAAGAUAUAUGGUCUGGUUCCACACUGAGUUCAAGGAAUAAGUCAACAUUGCAAGACUCAACAAACUUUUUCUCAUUAGACAGUGUAAAUGAGCAAUUGAUUGAUAAAUUACCCGUUGAACCUGAAACCAAUUUGCCUAUUGGAAAUGGCAGUUUAAGCGGCGAAUCUGUUGAAGAUCUGACAAAAACUGAUUCAAUCAAGGAACUUGUUGAUCUGAAACAAGAAAACGUCAAACGUACCAAAAAAGAAGAAAGUAAGAUAGUACGGGAACCUAUUACUGCUCGUGUUUGUACUAGAAAAUACGAAAUUCCAGAAUCAACUGAAGAUCAGGUUCUAUACGAUAGAAUCAAAAAAUCAUUUCAAAAUGUUUUAGACGGCAAACCUCAAACACCCGAAAAGACUAUUGAUGAAAUCAUUGACCAGAUCAAUGAUAAUUUGUCUCAAUAUGUUGGUACCAAUGGUUUAAGUGAAAGCUCUUUUUCAAAUAGACCGAGAUCACUGAAAACUUCAAGCAGGAAGAGCGCUACUUUGAGACGGGAGAGUUCUGAUCUGGGUUUAGAUUUACAACUGAUUGAGAAGGAUGUGAUUCAUAAUUUGGAGUCACCAAUUGUAAUCACUGAGCCGCUUAUAGGUAUUACGGAAUCGACAGUAUCCAAGGAAGCGAAUGAACCACCUAUUUCAAUUGAAGAUAAACUGGUAUCUGAAAAGAAAAAGGAUGUCAUAAAAGAAGAGCCAUUAACAUUACAAAAAGAAGAUAAAAAUCUAAUACAUGCUUCAGCGCCCACUGGAGAAUCGGCAGAUAGCCGAACUUCUGUUAUAGAGGUACCAAUAAUACAUACCAAACCAGAAACAGUAGAAGAGCCAGUGGAAGGUCCAACACCCAUUAAGGAAGAGCCCAUGGAAGUUCCAACAUCCAUCAAGGAAGGGCCAGUGGAAGUUCCAACACCCAUCAAGGAAGAGCCAGUGGAAGUUCCAACACCCAUCAAGGAAGGGCCAGUGGAAGUUCCAACACCCAUCAAGGAAGGGCCAGUGGAAGUUCCAACACCCAUCAAGGAAGGGCCAGUGGAAGUUCCAACACCCAUCAUGGAAGAGCCAAUGGAAGUUCCAACACCCAUCAAGAAAGAGCCAAUGGAAGUUCCAACACCCAUCAAGGAAGAGCCAAUGGAAGUUCCAACACCCAUCAUGGAAGAGCCAAUGGAAGUUCCAACACCCAUCAAGGAAGAGCCAAUGGAAGUUCCAACACCCAUCAUGGAAGAGCCAAUGGAAGUUCCAACACCCAUCAAGGAAGAGCCAAUGGAAGUUCCAACACCCAUCAUGGAAGAGCCAAUGGAAGUUCCAACACCCAUCAAGGAAGAGCCAAUGGAAGUUCCAACACCCAUCAAGGAAGAGCCAAUGGAAGUUCCAACAUCUACUAAAGAGGUUCCAGUGGAACUUGCUAAGGAAGUGCCAAUCGACAAGGGGGAACUUGUGGUGACAUCAACAACCACUUCUAAACUGAAACAACAAAAACCAAUUAAAGCAAAAUCACCUAUAUUGAAAAAUGAAACAACCGGACUUGACGCAUCUUCCACGAAAAUAGCCGAAUCCGAACUGGAUAGUUCAAUAAAAGCGAAAGUGAAUACAUCAACUGAGUUUAGCAUUCAAAAUAUUUCUUCUUCAGCAGGGGAUCAAACUCCAACACCAGCCGACAAAUUGCAAGUUAAACAAAUAUUGAAGAAUCCUCUUCGAGACUCGAAACUUCCGUCGGAUAAUAGGGCUCAAGAGAUUGGGUAUAAGCCAUCAAGUAAUUCAAUGAAUAAAAAGUCUCAAAUAUGCACGAAUGUUAAAGUUCCAGAUAAGAAACAGUUUGAUUCAACCAGUGGCAAAAGACUGACUGUCUCAAAAUUAAAUACCAGACUGAAAUCGAAUAAACUUGAAAAAGGAAAUGGAAAAAAAACCAAAACCAUUCCUGAAACUAAAUAUGGUUCAACUAGAAAAAGUGAACCUUCUAAAACUUUGGCGCAAGAUAAGACCACAAAGUCAAAACCAGCUAUCGAAAAAUCCAAAGAAACACUUCGGGAAAAGUCUCUCUACUCCUAUAAUGAGGAGGCAGCUUGCCGAAGUGUAGAACCAGAUACUUUUGAAGACGAAAAUAUACCCUUGAAAAAGACAGGCAAACCUUCUAAGACUAACCCACAGAAAACAGUAGCAUCGGUGAAUGGAGAAAACGGUAAAUCAGCGUCAAUAAAUAAUAAAAAGUCACUGGAAAACUUGAAGGCUAACAAAAAAGACCAAAUAUGCGUAACUAUGGUUGGUGACCGAAGUAAGAAGGUAGCCAUACCCAUGCAAGUUUAUCCAGAAAUGCAUAGUAGUUUGAAAUCUAUCCGAAGUUCAAUUCUUGGAUGUUUGGAAAAGGUUCUGAAGACAUAUUUUGAGCUUCCUUAUGAAUUCAAAUCCGAGUAUCAAUCUAAAUCAGAUAAUGAAGUCACCGAAGAAUCUCCAAGUGGAUGCUCUCUGGAUUCAACAGGUCAGGAAGAUGCCGAUGAUGAUAGCGAUAGGAAUGGCAACGAAAAACAUAAAAAUGUUGAUGAAAUUAUCGAAGAUCAAGAGGUGGAUAUUCAUCCAGCUGCAUACGACGACGAAGAUGAAGAUGAAGUAGAGGAUGAAUAUGUGAUUGAAAAUCCUAUAAACGUAGUUACAUCUCUAUUGAAUGUUGAACAAAAGGAUCUGGAAUCGAAUAUUGUCCCCGAAGAGAGUGAAUUGAACUCCAACAAGAACAAGAAUAAAAACAAGAAGAAGAAGAAGAAACUGAAUAAGAAGACCAAGUCCAAAGCUAUUUCGGAUUUGGUUGGUCAAUACGCACAACUUGUGUUGGAUAUGGAAAGAGAUUUCGAUAAGUACCAUGAGCUCGACGAAAAGAAAAUGCUUGAACCUUAUGGUCCGAGGAAUGGAGAUAUUCAAGAAGUUAUCGAAUUUUUUAAUGUACUAACACAAGAAGAAGAAGGGAAAUUUGAACAACCUUUUAUCAAUUCUGCAAUGGUUUUGGACAAUGAAAACAUCAAGAUCGAGGUAGUUGAAGCAGCGGAAUCAAAGACGAAGAAAACUCCAGAGGACAUGCAAAAUAAUCCCACAGAUCCAAAAACCAAAGUUUCCAAUAUUGUUGAUUUGUUUGAACAAUAUAGGGUACCACCAGGUUCAUCAUUGAUUAAUGAAAAAAUUUCACAAGUUCACGAGGACAUAAUCAAUAAUACUGAGUUUGUAAUUAAAGGAAGAAAAAUGAUGAGGGAAGUCGCCGAACUUGAACAGGACAGGGCGAAACACUUUAAACCCACAGAACAAGAAAAACAACCGACCCCGGUCUUCAACCCUUCAGAUAGGGCUACUCCCCGGAGCAUAUCAAAUGAUGCCAGAGAAGACGUAGAAGAAACAACAUACAAUCCUACAGAAGAAAUACUUAAAACCGCAACAGAAAGCAAAGAAGCUCCAAUAAAAGAUGAACUUCAUAGAGAUGAGGCUGUCAACCAAGAAAUUGAUCCUCUCAAUGUCAGGGGAAAGGUUAAAUCAAUUCAAGAAUGCUUUCCCGAUAUGGAUGUUAAACUUAUAGAGAGGCAUAUACAUGCGAGUAACUAUGAUCUAAACAUGGCGUUUGAGAGCAUUUUACUUGACGAUGGAAGUAUAUCUGAACCAAAAUUCGAGGGCCUUCCAGAGGAAAAAGUAGAAACGGCCGACGACUUUACAAAUAUAAAAUCCGUAAUGAAUUUGACUGGUGUAUUAGAAGGUGUCGCAUAUGAUUACCUCCAAAGGAAUGAUAAUAAUAUUUGGUCUGCAGCUUGUGAAAUUGUUAUGAAUUGUAACUUGGAAAAACAACCAGCGAAGACGAAAAAGCCCACCACGAAGCCAGUGACAUUAACAUCGAGAGUGCAAUAUGGUGGAGGUCCAGCGAAGAAAAAUGCAUUUUCAGUUCUUGCUACUACCGAGAGUGAAGAUGAUAGUGACGAGACUGCACUGUCAACUUAUGUAUACAAUGAAAAUAGCCCAGAAGCUCAAGAGUUGAAGGAAAUUUAUCUUGGUAAUGAGGAAUUUAGGGAAAUGAGUGAGGUAUUUUUCAGGAAGGCAUUAGUAUUAUUCAAAGGAGAUUGUACAAGGGCUAUUACGCUUGCAAUGGAGUUUGUCACUGCUGGAGAAUCGGAUUUACUGUUCAACUACUAUACAGAGGCCGCCACAUCAAAUGACAAGGUGAUUGACUAUCUGGUUCUUGGAAAGAAAUCGAGAAAACCCCAAAGUGCUCUUUUGGGGUCCAAGAUAACUUUGGGACAUACUCCUAAAAAGGUCACAUCAAGUUCAGCGAACCAACCUAAGAAAACUAGUACAGUUAUGCAUGGAUCUGUAACAAGCUCUAAAAAAGGAGUUUUGGAUUUACAUAACUAUUUGGUCCCCGAAGCAACAGCAUUAGUGCGUCAAGCACUUGAUGAAUGGUGGGGCCAAGAGCAAGAAAAACGUAUACUUGAUGGUAGAUUCGAUAAGUUUGGAUCUGAUGCAAGCUUCGUCGAUCCAUUAACCAUAGUUACUGGGAGAGGGAUACAUUCACAGGGUGGGGUAGCCAAGAUUCGACCUAGUGUUUACAAGAUAUUGAUUCAAAAUGGGUAUAUAUUUGAGGAACUGGCAUCUUUGUAUGUCGUUACAGGGAAGAAAUCUAAAAAGUAA